GACGACGACGACGAGGAAGGGCGAAAGCGAGAUGGAUCCUGGAGAAAAGGGGGCCAGGAGGGGGAGGAAGAGGAAUGGGAGUUUGAGUUUUGGGAUGUCGGCGGCUGCAACAAAAUGGCCGCCCUGAUGCACCACUACCUCGACCCCGACACGGCUGUGUUCUUCAUCCACGACUGCAGCGACGAGUGGCCGGACCGGCUCGAGUUCUCGGUCGAGCUGCUGCACCUGCAUGUCCGCCAGAUGAUGGACAAGAAGGCUCGGCACUUGUGGGUGCUGCUGGGCAAGCAGGAUGCAAUCAUCCCUGGGGACGACGACGACGACGACGAAGUGAGGAGGAGAAAGGGGCGGGACAAGGUGGAUGAGCUGAAGGGGCGGUUUGAGAGGGAGCUGGCGAGGUAUGAUCAUGGGCGGGGUGAGAAAGGAGGAGAAGGUGGUAGUGGUGGUGGUGAUGGUGGUGAUGGCCAGGACGGGAUUUUCUACCGGAUUCUCGCGCCUGAAGGGUUGAGUGGGGUUUCUGGAGCUGGUCUGCCUGUCGUCAUGGACGAUGUCUGCUCGACUUUAUCUCGAGCGGCCGAGGUGAGACGGGAUGAGGCGGGAGGACUUCAGAAGGGCAGCGAGAACAAGAAGACUCCUCCUGACACGGCAGCUCGAGCAAAGGGGGCUCCUCAUGAGCAACCACUCAGCCAAGAAGAACUGCAAGCCCUGGCGGCAGAGGAGAUGUCGAGCAUCCAACCAGCACAUGUCUUCUGGAGGGAGUUUCUGGACGGCACACUGCCUGCUUGGAAUCACGCGAGCCACUUGCAAGCUGGAUAUCUUGUCCUUCUCGAGUGCUUGACCAGCGGGAAGGGGGUGUUCGAGAGUGCAGACGCGUUCUUGCAACAUCUUGCCCGGCUGCGCGACCGACAGCCCGAUCGGUUCCGGAAUACCGCCCAUGUCACAAUGACAGUCUUCUGGCUGUUGCAGCUUCACCUCGCAGCGGUCAACCUCCAGAUAGCCACUUCACAAGAGUUGUUCCCUUCGAAAGAACAGUUCCGAGAAGUCGUCCUCCACUCCCCGUCCCUGAUGGACCGCGGACUAUGGAAGAUAUACUACAGCAAGGACCUGCUGUUCAGCCCUGCCGCCCGUGAGCAGUGGCAUCUUCCGGAUUUGUGUCCUCUCCCGAGCAUGACCGCCACCCGAAACGCAGAAGAGCCUCCGGUAUCUGCUGCAACCCAUAGAACGGUCGGUAAUGAUAGGCUUGUCGAGUACGCCUUCGCAGUCGUGAAGAAAACCCUCGCCGAGAAUCUUCGCCGAGGCGCCGUGGUCAAGCAGGCCCUCGCCUCAUUGCAGCGGACUACGCUGCAGUUCCGUGCCAAAGACUCGAGCAUACCGCAGUAUUCGGAGACCCAGGCGUAUUUCUGGAUACAAAUCGUGCAUGCUGCGCUGCACUCGUUCGCACAAGAUACCACGGGCAGAAAUGCGGAACAACAACAGCACCAGGUAGAGAACAGUGAGGUUCCCGUCACGAGGAUGCAAGACAUUUCACUCAUAAACCUCAACUUCCCCGCAUUCAAGCUACUCUAUGAUCUCAACGGCGACGCGACUUGGCGAGAGUACUACACUGCGCGGCUGUGGCAGGACGAUGUAUCCGCGAGGAUGCAGUUCGCGCCGCCGGACUUGAAGCCCCUGCCAAGCGUCAUCAAGGCGGAAGACAAGUCCGUCCUUGCAGCACAUGAUAUGCUAUUCCAAACCGCAGCGGCACAGCUGGUCAGCACAGAGCAUCUCCCGUCGCGGGAGGUGCUGGCAUUCUUGGCAGAUUGCCUCGUGGAAGAGAUCAAGCAGACUGAUACUACUACUAGCGUAGUAGGGAAGACGGACAGCCAGGUCACAUCACCGAUCAAGGUACAAAGUCAUGCGCAGCUGAUCAGUCAUCUGCACACCCAUCUCAUCCUAGCCACUUCUGGGCAAGGCGGCAACGAAAAGACAUCAGUGCAGGAGUUGCCAUUAUCCAGCAGUCGUGCAGCGGGGACUCUUGACGGCUUUGUCCUUGGCGAGCACGACUCGUACACGGAAAAGUCGUUCUGGACGCGGCAGGUCUUGCUCGCUGCCGCUGCUGGUGACACGACGUCAUUGGGAUCCGUCGAGCACCUGAUUAGAGCUCAUCCGCAGCUCGCGUACGAGAGACUGCCGUUCCUUGACUAUUCGCCUGCGCUGUGGUAUAGUGCCGAGGCCAGGGCUGGGUUUGUGCCACCAGACAGGAGGGGAUCAGGGGUUGUUGGCGCUGUGGCUGGCGAGGCCGCGUAAGGGGACCGUGUAUCAUGAGAGUGUCAAUAUCGUUUUCAUGAUUGUCUGUUCUUCCUGAGGGGUUGGAUGAGUCGGGCGGG